CAAGCAGUAUGUGCAAGGAAAUGACCCACCACAUACCAGUUCUAUCAGUAUAGUCAUUCGGGAUGUCUAAUCUUCCAGUGCUAAUCUUCAUACCUGGCUCGUGGCACAAACCGACAUGCUAUGACAAGGUCACCAAAAUCCUUCAUGAGCAGCAUGGUUUAAAAUGUGUUUCAAUUACCCUCCCUUCAACGACGGGAAACCCAGCCGCGACAUUCAAAGAUGAUAUUGAUGCUGCGCGCGAAGCUAUAUCCAGCGAGACAACCCAGGGACGCAGUGUGGUUGUCCUUGCGCACUCAUAUGGCGGCAUGGUUGGCAAUAGCGCUGUCAAGGGUUUCACGCGGCCUGAAGGCGCCACCACCCCAACAACGGGGUACGUUAUCGGCCUGAUCCUCAUAGCCUCUGGCUUUACCCUGACAGGACUGUCCUUCAUGGAUCCGUUCUUCGGCCGUCCACCUCCCUUCUGGCGGGUCAAUAGCGAGACCGGCUAUGCUGAGCUUGUUGCUCCUCCACGUGAGCUUUUUUAUCACGACGUGCCAGCGGAAGAGGCGGAAUUCUGGGUUUCUCAGCUCGCGACCCAGAGCCUUAAGGCAUUGUUCGAGGGUGGUGAGCAUGCAUGUGCCGGUUGGAAGGAUGUACCUGUUUGGUAUAUUGGCACGGUCGAGGAUCGGGGUUUGCCGGUGCUGGUGCAACGGAUGCAGGUCGGUAUGGCAAGGGAAAUGGGCGGUAAUGUGGAACAUAGGGAGCUGCAGACCAGUCAUUCGCCAUUUUUGAGCCAACCCGAUGUGACAGCAACAAUUAUACUGGACGCUGUCGAGGCAUUUACAGGGAAGCAAGUGGAAGAUGAAUCCAGCAGAGCACGAGGCGAUGCCAUAACGGUGCCCACAGUCAGGCUUUGGCAACCUUUCACAUUGUUUAAAUUUGGACUACCGCUGGCCUUUGGUCACGUAAUAGGAAGGUGUGUCCUGCUAUUCGGUUGGGGAAGAAGGUUAUGGAGGUCUACUUUCAGGUAAUGUGUGUUUUAUCGUCAGCUCGACAGUGGAUCGACAAGAAUAUGACCUUGGCGAUAUCUCUAUCCCAGUCGGGUUCGCGCUUCUGUCCUUCCUCACUCGACAGAGAUUCUACCUAUCGUGGAUCUCCAUAUAGCUUAUGUCUGCUGACAAUCUAGUUACAUCCAUUGUGUAUAAAAUCUGUAUUAUAUGCUGAAGUCUCCCAAUCUGACAUUUUUCCCGGUUGCUUUCCCUCCUUGGUGUGGGCCGGGUGAUAAAGAG